CACCAGGAUAUGAUAUCUGGUCCCCAGGCUAGUCUGACUCUACAUAAACUUUUCCUGAAAUGAUGAGCCCUCUGCUAGUACAAACAUGGAUCUUCUCCAUGACCUAAAAUCCUCAGACAUUUUAACACCAACUGCUUAGUUUAAAUGAACACUUGGCAUUCACCUUCCCCUGCCCCAAUACAAAUGCAAGAGUUCAACAACAAAAAUCACUGAUGAAUGGAACUGAGGGGUGAAUAUUAAGGAAGUCAAGUUACUAUGUUCGUUCAACAAAUACUUCAUAUGAACUUACUCAGUGCUUAUUAUGUAUAAGGCAUUAUAAGAGUAUGAGGAGGAGGUCUGGAUCCAUCAUUCCCCUAUCUUUAAUCUAGUGCGAACACAUGUAGACAACCUAACUACUGAGCAGUUGAAAGGAGAUCUGAGAAGUGAUGAGUCAAGGCUGGAUAGAGGGCCUAGCAGGACUAUCUGGGGUUCCCUAAACCUUAGCUAAUACAAAGGAAUUCCAUUUUUUUGAGAACUGGCAGAAUGUUGACAUCUUGGGCAAGUAUCCUACUUCUGUUUGCCUUUGCAUUGAUCCCUGUGACUUUGGGGAGAAGGGACCUAUUAAUUCCAAUGAAAGGUAGGUUGAACACCAGGCCUAGAGCCAAGAGAUCUCAUUCAUUUUAUGUGUAAUCAACUAAAGCCCAGAUUGCUUAAAAGUGACAAUUUGGUGCAUUAUAGGUACAAAGCUGGAAAGAGCUUUGGUGUUAUGUCCAACUUGUGAUUCCAUUUUUACUUUUCUUGACAGACUCUUGCAUUUCCUUCUCUAGCUCAUUUGACAGAUGAGGAAACUGAGGCAAACCAGGGUUAAAUGAUUUGUCAAGGGUCACACAUCUAUUAAGGGGCUGAGGAUGGAUAUGGAUUCAGUUCCUCUCAACUCUAGGCCCAGGGCUCUAUCCAUUGAACCACCUAACUGCCUUAGCAGUCAUCUAAUUUGAGCACCCCAAUACAAGGUCCCACUCAUAAACCUCAGAGGCAAGGCUUGAGACUGGAUCCAAGGCUAGUGCUCUUUCCACUAUGUCCCAGAGAGCCUCUGUAAAAUGAUCAGAUGUAAAGUGAUCAACCUCCCAUACCUGUAAAUUGAGACUAUGCAAAAUGCUGUGUAAACUUCAAAAGGAUAUAUAGAUGCAAUCUACUGGAAAAUAGUGCCUUCCUUAUGGCUUUGGGGUCCUCCUUAAUGCUAGUGCCUUCCCUCAAAUUAUCUCCAAUUUAGCCUGUAAAAACCUGUUUGUUUUUGUUUGUUUGUUUUGGGUUUUUUUUUUUUGCAUCUUUACCCCAUUAGAUUGGAAGCUCCUAGAGAUUGGAAGUUCCUAGGGGCUGUUUUUAUCUUUCUCCAUCUCUAGUGCUUGGCAUAUUGCCUGCACAUAACAGACGAUUAAUGCUUUUUAAAAAAUCCUUACUUCUAAGACAGAAGAGUUGCAAGGGUUAGACAAUCGAGGUUGUGCCCAGGGUCACAGCUAUAUAUAUACUAAGAAAUGCUUGUUGACAGAACUGGACAUCCCAUCACAAGUACCUGGGACCAGGCCUCUUUCGCAGAGCGGGAAGGGGCCUCUACAAUCAUUGUCGGGGUCAGUAGCGAUACCGCUGUGAUCUUGUGCUCGGAGGGCUGAGGGAGGGCCUACCGGGCCUCUGCACACACUACCCCAGCUGUCCCGCCUAAGGCUCUGUCGGAAAAAUGGAGCCAACUGUCUUGAAACCGGCUGCCAGACUUAGGCGCAGGCGCAAUUCCUAGCGGCGCUUCCCCGCCCCUCUCCUAGCCAGUCCCACUUUCUCAGCCAUGCCACGCCCCGCUUCAACACUGCUGAGCCUAGCGCGCCCUCCGCUGGACACGGCUUCGAGCACAUCACCACCUAUAUCCCACCCUUUCCUCUCCCCUGCUACUGCAAUUGGCUCACGGGACCGAAUCCUCACGUUCCGAUUGGUCGUCCCGGUCCCGCGUCGGGCGAUAAGAUGGCAGCGGACUGCUCAACAUAACUUAAAGAAAGCGUGAAGCUUCAUCUAGGAAAAAGGAAGUCGCUGCCUUUCUCCUCACGGGGCCAGGCUCUCCGGCCCACCUGCGCUUGUAUGGCUAUUACGGGCUUGGCCAGGUCUGGGUUCGAGACCAGAAAGCUACCUACGUAACUAACAAUCAACAGCGUGAGCCUGGGGAUGGGGGUGGGGAACAGGGCAGCAGGGCGCGAUGACGCAGCUGUGACGUAUGCGGUGUAGCGUGACGUGACGUAGCGUGACGUGAAGCUCUCCGUCCUUUUCAUCCUCCUGGGUGUCUGGUCGGUAGCUCGUUCAGGUGAGCGGAUGAACAUGGCGGCGCCUGGGACCUGUGGGGACGCCGCCUGCUGCUCUCACCAGAGCUCCGUGCCCAGCGUGCAGCAGACCCUGGAAGAGAUGGACUUCGAGAGAGGAAUCUGGUCAGCAGCACUGAAUGGAGACCUAGGAAGAGUGAAACAUUUCAUUCAGAAGGAAACAGACCCCAGUCAACCUGAUCCUUCUGGAUAUACUGCCCUGCACUAUGCCAGUCGAAAUGGACACUAUGCUGUGUGCCAGUUCCUCUUGGAGAGUGGAGCCAAGUGUGAUGCCCAGACACAUGGGGGUGCAACAGCUCUGCACCGAGCCAGCUAUUGUGGGCAUACUGAAGUGGUUCGACUACUGCUGUCACAUGGAGCUAAUCCAGGUGUGGCAGAUGAUGAUGGAAUGACCAGCCUACAUAAGGCUGCUGAGAGAGGUCACUUGGAUCUGUGUUGCCUCCUGCUGCAGCAUAGUCCAGCUUUGAAAGCUGUUCGAGACCGAAAGGCUCGGUUAGCGUGUGACUUACUGCCAUGUAACAGUGAUCUUCGAGAUCUGCUUGCUAGCUGAAUACCAGAUUCCAGUCUCAGCGAGGAUCCUGGAACCUGGAUCCUCAAGCACUUUCCUCUAUCCCUGCAUUCUACAGAUGGGAAGCUGAAAACUCAGGGCUUACGAGACUGAACAGAAGAGAUAGGACCAUCUUGAGGGAGUUAACUACCAGGCCAGGAAGGGAACUUGGUACAAGCACUCAAGCCUGACAGGUGAUCAUAUUCCAAAUUAGCACACAUUAGUAGAGAUGUCUUGUCCAAGCUAUUUCCCUAGCUCAGAAUCAGUACUCUUGACUAAGGGGGAAAACAGCUGCUUCUGCCCUUUUCUUUUGGAUAAAAUAUUCCCCUCCCCUAAUACUCUUAUCCUGUGAGUUAAUCUCAUUGUUGGAGCAGAUAAUGAAGAAUAGAAUCAAACUUAUUUUCACUUUAGUAUUUUCCUGGCAGUCAUAAACAACUUCAGUGGCCUUAAAACUGAAGGCAAGAAAUCUAAAUCUGUCAAAUUUACCAGGAAGCAGUGUUAACUGGAUUAAAGAAAAUCCCAGGGCAUUGGGCUGCUUGGACAUUCUCACAAAGCAUUAAGGCACUUACAAGGAAAAUAGCUGAUGGUGUUGUUCAUUUUGGACUGCCCAAUUCAGGUGAGAAUUUAAGAAGCAGCUUGGCAUAGUAGAGAAAGUGCUGAAUUUAGUCAGAAUCUGGGAUUACAUUCCUGCCCCAUUACUACUUUUGUCAUCUGUAGAUGAGCCGGUUAGACAAGAUAAUGUCAAAGAUCUCUUUCUGCUCUUAAAUAUAGUUUUUAACUCCUUGCUCACAAUAAGCAUAGGCCUUUUGAACUUGAUCUGAGUCCAGGAGUGUAGUCUUGGUCGCUGCUGAAUCUUUAGGAAUGUUAAGUUGUUCAUAUUCCCUCUGGCUUUCAUCUGUUAAUCUGGUUCUGGAAUCAUCUGUUUUAGCAUCUUUUUUUCCAUUGAAGGACAAGAUUUUAAUCAGCUGGAUAGUCAGACUACCCCUGAGGAAUUUCCAGGGAAUUGGGGAAGGGAAUUAUGGAGUUCAAUUUUGGUGAUUGGGAAGAGGAACAAGACCAGGUUUGCUUGGCUUUGCUCUGAAUAUGGAAAAAGAACUCUAUAAGCAAUAGCUUCAUUUAGACCAAUUGAAAGAAACAGGUCCCAGUUCAUGGACAGGGCAAUACAACAAUCUUCUUUGAAUUGAUUGGGGAGCUCUGGUUCUUGCUAACUAUUCUGAGGAAUAAAGGUUUAACAUUUCUAAUAAAGGAAAACAGUUCAUCAAUUAUUGAUUUA